AGAGAGAGAGAGUUGGAAAUUUUGAGGGAAAAAAAAAAAGAAAAAAAAGGAGAGUUAUCUCUCGCCCCGCCCUCUUCUCUAGUGUCGCAAUCUCUUCCUCGUCUCCUCCCCUUUUCCCAAUUUAAUCUCUACUCUAACUUUUUUAUCUUCUCUUCGAUUCUUCUUCCCCGUUUCUUUCGUUCGUGAAGCUUAGGGGAGAGAUCGAGAGAGAUCGAGAAGAUAUAAUAUAAUCGAAACCACAAGUGGGAAAAACGAGAUCCCUCUCUCCCUUUCUCUAGGGUUCGGGGCGUGGUGGCGACGGAGACGAAUCCCGUUACCCUCGUCCUUUAGGGUUCCGUCUAUGGCGGCCCCCUCUCGGCGGAGGAGUGCUCCCCUUAUCCUCUUCUCCUCGUAGCUCCGCCCCCUCCGCCGCCGCGUUCGACGAUCUCCUCCUCCUCCGCCGCGAGAAAUGGAGGUGGACACCGCGAUGACGGCCGAGCACGGCCGCGAUCCGGCGGCCACCGCGGCCGCCGCCGCCCCAAUCCACCACCAGGAUCCUCCAAGCGAGCCCCCGCCGCCGCCGGGGCCGGCGCCGCCGCGGCCGGCGCCGACGUACAGGGCGGUGGAUGCGGUCAUAGAGAAGAAGGAGGAUGGGCCCGGGUGCCGGUGCGGGCACACGCUCACCGCGGUCGCCGCCGUAGGGGAGGAGGGCACGACCGGCUUCGUCGGGCCGCGGCUCAUCCUCUUCGGCGGCGCCACCGCUCUCGAGGGCAACUCCGCCGCCGCCCCACCUUCGCCCGCUGGUGGCGCUGGGAUCCGUCUUGCCGGUGCAACAGCUGAUGUCCAUUGUUAUGACGUGCAAUCAAAAAAAUGGACAAGGCUAAAUCCACUUGGAGAACCACCUUCACCAAGGGCUGCACAUGUUGCAACCGCUGUUGGGACUAUGGUGGUCAUACAGGGUGGGAUUGGACCUGCUGGUUUGUCUGCGGAGGAUCUUCAUGUCCUUGACUUAACACAACAGCGGCCCCGGUGGCAUAGGGUUGUCGUGCAAGGACCUGGUCCUGGCCCACGAUAUGGACAUGUGAUGGCUCUGGUGGGACAAAGAUUUUUGUUAACAAUUGGUGGAAAUGAUGGGAAGCGACCUUUAGCUGAUGUUUGGGCCCUUGAUACUGCUGCUAAGCCCUAUGAAUGGAGGAAGCUGGAACCAGAAGGCGAAGGCCCACCUCCAUGCAUGUAUGCAACUGCAAGUGCACGUUCGGAUGGCCUUCUUUUGCUUUGUGGUGGGAGGGAUGCAAAUAGUGUGCCCCUGUCAAGUGCAUAUGGUCUUGCGAAACAUAGGGAUGGGCGUUGGGAGUGGGCGAUUGCUCCUGGUGUUUCUCCAUCUCCUAGAUAUCAACAUGCAGCUGUUUUUGUAAAUGCACGACUUCAUGUAUCCGGAGGGGCUCUCGGAGGCGGACGCAUGGUAGAGGACUCUUCAAGUAUUGCAGUUCUUGAUACUGCUGCUGGAGUCUGGUGUGAUACAAAAUCUGUUGUGACAAGUCCCAGAACAGGGAGAUAUAGUGCUGAUGCAGCGGGUGGAGAUGCUUCCGUUGAGCUAACACGGCGAUGUAGGCAUGCAGCUGCAGCUGUUGGUGAAUCGAUUUUCAUAUAUGGAGGGUUACGUGGUGGUGUGCUGCUUGAUGACCUUCUUGUUGCUGAUGAUCUGGCUGCUGGUGAAACAACAAGCACAGCUUCCCAUGCUGCUGGCGCUGCGGGUACAACUGCAACCAAUGCUCAAGUAGCCAGAUCACCCAGAGGAUUUACGUAUGCUGAUGAAAGAAUGAGGCAAUCUUCUCCCGAUGCAGUUCCUGAUAGUCCUAUUGUUGUUGGAGUACCAGUUGCUCCUCCUGUUAACGGCGAUAUGAAUACUGAUAUUAGUCCUGAAAAUGCCAUCCUUCAGGGACAAAGGAGAUUGAGCAAAGGUGUAGAGUAUUUAGUUGAAGCCUCAGCUGCCGAAGCUGAGGCAAUUAGUGCUACGCUAGCUGCUGUGAAGGCUCGGCAAAGUAAUGGUGAGGUGGAGCAUUUGCCUGAUGGAGAUCGAGGUUCAGAGGCCAUGCCAAGUGGUAAGGAAAUGCCUAGCCUGAUUAAAGUUCCAGAACUUUCCUUUGCCAAUAAUGCCACACCACCUGGGGUUCGGCUACAUCACAGAGCGGUGGUUAUUGCUGCGGAGACAGGGGGAGCUUUGGGUGGUAUGGUCAGGCAGCUUUCAAUUGACCAGUUUGAAAAUGAAGGACGGAGGGUCAGUUACGGUACUCCUGAGAGCGCCACAGCAGCAAGGAAGUUAUUAGACCGACAAAUGUCUAUAAAUAGUGUGCCUAAAAAGGUUAUUGCACAUCUUUUAAAGCCACGUGGUUGGAAGCCCCCUGUACGCAGGCAAUUUUUCUUAGACUGCAAUGAGAUUGCAGAUCUGUGUGAUAGUGCUGAAAGAAUAUUUUCAAGUGAGCCAACUGUCCUGCAAAUUAAAGCUCCUGUAAAGAUAUUUGGUGAUCUACAUGGUCAGUUUGGGGAUCUUAUGCGCUUGUUUGAUGAGUAUGGUGCUCCUUCAACAGCAGGGGACAUAGCUUAUAUAGAUUAUCUCUUCUUGGGAGAUUAUGUUGAUCGUGGUCAGCAUAGUUUGGAAACUAUUACUCUUCUCCUUGCAUUGAAGGUUGAGUAUCCCCAUAAUGUUCAUUUAAUUCGUGGAAACCAUGAGGCUGCAGAUAUUAAUGCACUGUUUGGUUUCCGCAUCGAGUGCAUUGAGCGGAUGGGAGAACGAGAUGGGAUCUGGACUUGGCACCGCAUAAAUCGACUAUUUAACUGGCUCCCUUUGGCUGCAUUAAUUGAAAAGAAAAUAAUAUGUAUGCAUGGUGGCAUUGGUCGAUCCAUAAAUCACAUAGAGCAAAUCGAGAACCUUCAAAGGCCAAUUACAAUGGAAGCAGGCUCGAUUAUUCUGAUGGAUCUACUAUGGUCUGAUCCAACUGAAAAUGAUAGUGUUGAAGGGCUAAGACCAAAUGCCAGGGGUCCUGGUCUAGUCACAUUUGGGCCUGAUCGAGUUAUGGAGUUCUGUAAUAACAAUGACCUGCAGUUGAUAGUACGAGCUCAUGAGUGUGUGAUGGAUGGUUUUGAGCGUUUUGCCCAAGGUCACCUGAUUACACUUUUCUCUGCCACUAAUUACUGCGGUACGGCAAAUAAUGCGGGGGCCAUUCUAGUUUUGGGAAGAGACCUUGUGGUUGUUCCAAAACUUAUUCAUCCUUUGCCCCCUGCUAUGACUUCACCCGAAGCCUCCCUUGAGCAUCAUAUUGAGGAUACAUGGAUGCAGGAGCUUAAUGCCAACAGGCCACCGACUCCGACCAGGGGCCGCCCUCAAUCAGCUAAUGAUCGAGGUUCUCUCGCUUGGAUAUAGUAGGCAAUGCCAGUUUGUGGAUAUAUUCUUUUCAAUGUGAGGUUCCUGCUGGGAUAGGUUCUUUUUAUUCUUUGGCGCAAUUGAGAUUACAUCGGAAAAAGAUUAAUGAGCCAGUCAUGGCUGAUGAUUACAUCUCUGGGAGGGGCCAGCAGGAAGAUCACAUUUAAGGCACCACAGUCUGGGAAUGAAAUGAAUGGCCACAAAAUCAACACAAACCUAUCUUCUAGUCGGUUCAAUGUGGAAAAAAUGAAUUUGAUCUGGAUUUGUCCUCCGCCGCUACAAAGCUUCACUGUGUAUAUUCAGCUGCCGGCAGAUAGGUGAGUGUAUUUAUGUCACACUUUGAAUGAUUAGGCUUAUUAUACUAGGUACUCUAUUCUUUCUUAUGUUCAGAUUUUAUUUUAUGUUUUUUUUUUUGUACCUGUUUUAUCGUGGGAGAGCGUACUAGAGUUUGUGGAAAAGUAUAAGUUUGCGACCAUGAUGGAGUCAUGUAUUAUAGAUAGCCCUAUUGCAGCACAUUUUCAAUGUAAUCUUUGUGGUGCUGUUUAUGUAUGUAAAAUGAUAGUUUUGAGCGGAGGUGCCGGUAUUAUUAGUAUUGGUCGAGAAAAUAAUUUAGUUUCCCUUUUCUAUUAA